AGAUUCAUAGAGGUCCGUCCGGGUUACGGAACGUCUCGUUGUUAUUUGGUGUUGUUUUCGUCAAAUCGUGUUGAUUUUACGUAGGUUUGUGGUGAUUAAUCAAGGUUUUUGUCCUGUAGUUUUAUGGAAACAAAAGUGGUUUUUUAACCUUUUAUGUGAAAAGGAGGGGCAAGAGGAAUGUAUCGGCCAAAAUAAACGAAUCAAGUUAUGGAAUCUGAAGACCUUCUGAGAUAUUAUUUAGAUGAAGUCAAGGAUACUCAGCAUGAUAUCAAUAAUUUAGAGGUAGAAGAACACAUACCCAAUGAGGCCGAACAAGCAACUGAUUUCUUAUUAAAAGCCGGCCUAUCAAACCUAAACCAACUUUACCAUCAAGGCAAAGAAAUCUCCGAUAAUAUUGUGAUAGACUCAGUUAGGCAGAAGCAUUUGACUGAAAAACAAGCUCAAACCGUUAGGUCGCGUGUCGCCACCCUUAAUAAAACCCUGCGCAGCAGACAACCGCGCAGAAAAUACCGGCAAGAUGUUAGGGAUGUCGCUUGGAAUAUCGAGACUUCAAGUACUGGUACCAGGUCGAGAAGCGCCACUCCAGACUCCUUAGAUUCUGGAGAUAAUCCCAAUUCUCAUAACGAAGAUCUCACUUCAGACGAAGAUCAUCAGCUUUCCUCACUACCUCCGUUUCCAUUAGAGCAUACGCAUCAUGUGAACGCCAAAACGAAAAUCAAAUCAACCUCAAGCGAACCUUUGCAAAGUAAGAAGUUUACUAGGCACGACAAUAAGGGUGAUAUAGCACACUUAGGGUCUGAAAAUGUUGUUCUGAAGGGCUAUCAACCUUUGGUAGAAAAUGUUUUUCCGCCAAUCCGUCCGCUUAGGGAUAGAAGUGGUAGUGACCCUACCACGGAGUCUAAUUUACAACCCCUCAAAGUCCAAAAUACGGAACCUUUUGCGGAACCUACUCCAAACUUCCAUACUCAGCUGACUAGAACUAGUAACAAUAAUACAAAUCACCAUUGCAGCACCGUAUAUAUUCAUUGUAACGAACCUAAUAAUGACAAUGAAUCUUUAAGUUUUGAGGGACUGAUUAGGCAAAGUGAACUUAAUCAUUGUGAUUCGAGGAGUUGGGAAUUGGAGGACGGAGUGAGCAUAGACGAACUUAGUGAUAGUGAGUAUCAGUAUUUAAAACCACUACUUUACGUGGAGGUAGUUGCCAUAUUUGACCAACAUAAGAUAAGUUAUUUUAAGAAAAAGGCCAGUACAAAGAACAAAGGAGGAAAUGUGUUUGGGGUGAACCUGUCAACGUUGGUAAUGCGGGACAUGCCAACGCCCACAGAUAACUCCAUGGUACCACAAGUUUUCCAAAGCAUAAUAAACCAGCUCAACACUAGGUGUAUUGCAGAAGAUGGAAUACUUAGGGUGGCCGGACAAAAGCAAAAACUAGAAACUUUAUGUACUGAAAUUGAAAUGAAAUUUUACCACAAUAGGAGGCACGUGGAGGAACUAUUAAAGCACGCUACUGCACAUGAACUGACUGGAGUACUUAAAAAAUUGCUGAGAGAGUUACCUGAUCCUGUCUUUACUAUGGAAUUGUUUGAUAUGUUUUAUAAAGCUGGAUCGAUCGCAGAUUCCCAAGACAAAAGGCGAGCAUUAAACUUACUAGUUUUAAUGCUUCCCAUAGAACACCGGAACACCUUUAGAGUCAUACUUGAAUUUUUAUUGAAUGUAAUCGAAAACCAAAGCAAAAACCGGAUGGGACUUCAUAAUGUCGCAACCAUUACUGCACCAUCAUUUUUCCCUCCGAAAUUAUUGCUUGCCAAGACCAGAAAAUUGCUGGAUAACAAAAUGACUCCAGAAGAGCGAUCUAAGCAGCUGAAUGUGGCAGCUAAUUGUGUGUGUAUUAUGGAAACUGUGUUAAAAACCGGACAAACGCUAUGGACUGUCCCAAAAAAUUUAGCAGCACAAGCACGUCAAGCACAACAGAAGGCACAAAUGAAAAAGGAUUUAGGCAAAGAGAAGGAUAAAAAAAUUAGGUCAAAAACGAAAUUAGUGAGAAGUAGUACUCAGUACGAACCAGGUGCAAUGAACUUACCGCGUAUUAAAAAAGAUUUUCUUGUAUAGUUCUGGAUGUUAAAGUAGUUUUUAUCGACUCAUUCCGUUAUUUUUUAUGUAUUAUGGCGUUUUAUACCCUUUAUUAAUUAUUAUGUUAAACUUCCUGUAGACUUAAUUGUACUGUUAAUUUAUGUGAUGAAUAGUGUUGCAAUAAAAACCCACCAAAAUUGUUACUAGGCAUAACAGGGUGGAGCAAAAGAUAAUAAAUUAUUAUUUAUUAUAUAUUUUGUUCAUUUUUGUACUUAAAUUCAGAAAGAAAGGAAACUGAUAAAUCAAAAAGCUUAUCAAUUGUUGGCUCAUUGUUACUGAAUAUCAAUUAUUUUUGACCCAUCCUGUAUAUAUUUAUAGAAAACAGUGUACCUUUAAAAUACUGUCCAAUGGACAAUAUUUAUUAUUUUUAUUUCCUGUUAUGUAAUACAAUGGUUUACCAAAUAAUAUUAGUUAGCUUUAAGAAGGAAUGGUUUUUAAACCUUCCUCAUCGGAAUAACAUCUUAUUGUGAUCAUAACAUUAAUAAUAUUUAAAACCAUAUAUAGGAUGAUUCUAUUUUCAAAUACCUGUGCCAAUAAAAAAAAUAAAGUUUUUAAAAAUUA